CCGGUGAGGUAUACCCUCCUUCUAGAACCGUUGAGGUAUACCCUCCUUCUAGAACCGGUGAGGUAUACCCUCCUAGAACCGGUGAGGUAUACCUUUCUAGAACCGGUGAGGUAUACCCUCCUAGAACCGGUGAGGUAUACCCUUCUAGAACCAAUGAGGUAUACCCGCCUAGAACCGGUGAGGUAUACCCUCCUAGAAACGGUGAGGUUAUACCCUCCUUCUGGAACCGGUGAGGUAUACCAUCCUUCUAAAACCGGUAAAUUAACCCUUCUAGAACCGGUGAGGUAUACCCUUCUAGAACCGGUGAGGUAUACCCUCCUAGAACCGGUGAGGUAUACCAUCCUUCUAGAACUGGUGAGGUAUACCCUCCUAGCACCGGUGAGGUAUUGUCACGCCCUGACUCAGGGGACUCGUAUAUGUUGAGUCAGGGUGUAUAUUCUUUGUUAUGUAGUAUUUUCUAUGUGGGAUCUAGUAUGUUUAGUUCUAUGUUGGCCGGUGUGGUUCCCAAUCAGAGGCAGCUGUAGCUCGUUGUCUCUGAUUGGGGACCAUACUUAGGCAGCCUAUUGGCACUAUUGAGUGGUGGGAUCUUGUUCCUUGUAAGGUAUGUUGUGUGUGCUACCUUGGACUUCACGUUUCGUUUCGUUUAUUGUUUUGUCGAGUGUUUAUUGGUUUUAUCAACAUGUACGCAUAUCACGCUGCGCCUUGGUCUGACCCGUCAUUCAACGAACGUGACAGAAGAUCCCACCAAACGAGGACCAAGCAGCGUGCCCAAGCGGAGAGAGUAGCCAUGUCACAGGUGGGCAAUUUGUGGUCAUGGGUAGAGAUAUUUGCGGGGAGAGGACCAUGGGCUAAGGUAAAUGCCCAGGCAGGAGAGGAGCAAUGGCAACACGGAGGAGGCCGGUCGAGGAGGAAGCCCGAGAAGCAGCCCCAAUAAUUUUUUUUUGGGGGGGGCACAUGGGGUGGCUGGCGGAGCCUAGUGUCAGAGCAGAGCCAACUCCCCGUACUCACGCGAGGAAGCGUAUGACUGGGCAGGCUCCGUGUUAUGCGGAGCUACGUACUGUGUCGCCAGUGCGCCGGCACAGUCCUGUACGUCCUGUGCUUGCACCACGCACGUGCCGUGCGAAGAUGGGCAUCCAGCCAGGAUGGGGUGUGCCGGCUCAACGCUCCUGGUCUCCAGUACGCCUCCUCGGUCCCGCAUAUCCUGUGCCAGUUCUACGAACUGUAUCGCCAGUGCGCGUUCACAGCCCAGUGCGUCCUGUGCCAGCACCCCGCACGUAUAGUGCCAAAGUGGGCAGCCAGCCAGGACGGGUUGUGCCAGCUCUCCGCUCUAGACCUCCAGUCCGCCUCCACAGUCCGGCCCGGCCUGUUCCUGCUCCUCGCACCAAGCCAGUGGUGCGCGUCGCCAGCCCGGCCUGUUCCUGCUCCUCGCACCAAGCCAGUGGUGCGCGUCGCCAGCCCGGCCCGGCCUGUUCCUGCUCCUCGCACCAAGCCAGUGGUGCGCGUCGCCAGCCCGGCCCGGCCUGUUCCUGCUCCUCGCACCAAGCCAGUGGUGCCGUCGCCAGCCCGGCCCGGCCUGUUCCUGCUCCUCGCACCAAGCCAGUGGUGCGCGUCGCCAGCCCAGCCGGCUGUUCCUGCUCCUCGCACCAAGCCAGUGAGGUAUACCCAGCCCGGAGGCGUCCCUCUCUCGAAACCGGUGCGGUCGACCAGCCCAGACCUUGGGUAUACCUCCUUCUAGAAACCAGUGGGGUUACCCUCCUCUGAACCGUGCAGGUUACCCUCCUCUCAAACCAGUGGGAUACCAUCCUCAGAACAGGUGAGGUAUACCUCCUUCUAGAAACCGAUGAGGUAUACCCUCUUCUAGAACCGGUGAGGUAUACCCUCCUUUCUAGAACCGGUGAGGUAUACCCUCCUUCUGAACCAUUGAGGUAUACCCUCCUUCUAGAACCGGUGAGGUAUACCCUCCUUCUAAAACCGGUGAGGUAUACCCUCCUUUAGAACCGUGAGGUAUACCAUCCUUUAGAACAGGUGAGGUAUACCCCCUUCUAGAACCGAUGAGGUAUACCCUCCUUCUAGAAACCGGUGAGGUAUACCCUCUUCUAGACCGGUGAGGUAUACCCUCCUUCUUGAAACCAUUGAGGUAUACCCUCCUUCUAGAACCGGUGAGGUAUACCCUCCUUCUAAAACUGUGAGGUAUACCCUCCUUUAUGAAAACCGUGAGGUUACCCUCCUUCUAGAACCGGUUGAGGUAUACCCUCCUAGAACCGGUGAGGUAUACCAUCCUUCUAGAAACGGUGAGGUAUACCAUCCUUCUAGAACCGGUGAGGUAUACCCUCCUUUCUAGAACCGGUGAGGAUACCAUCCUUCUAGAAACAGGUGAGGUAUACCUCUUUCUAGAAACGAUGAGGUAUACCCUCCUUCUAGAAACGGUGAGGUAUACCCUCCCUUCUAGAACCAUUGAGGUAUACCCCUCCUUCUAGAAACCGGUGAGGUAUACCCAUCCUUCUAGAACAGGUGAGGUAUACCCUCCUUUAGAACCGAUGAGGUAUACCCUCCUUCUAGAACCGAUGAGGAUAUACCUCCUUAGAACCGGUGAGGUAUACCUUCUAGAACCGGUGAGGUAUACCCUCCUUAGAACCGGUGAGGUAUACCCUCCUUAUUGAACAUUGAGGUAUACCCCUUCUAGAACCGGUGAGGUAUACCCUCCUUUAAAACUGGUGAGGUAUACCCUCCUUUAGAACCGUUGAGGUAUACCUCCUUCUAGAACCGUGGUAUACCCUAAACGGUGUAUACCUUUCUAGAACCGGUGAGGUAUACCCUCCUAGAACCGGUGAGGUAUACCCUCCUAGAACUGGUGAGGUAUACCCUUCUAGAACCAAUGAGGUAUACCCUCCUAGAAAUGGUGAGGUAUACCCUCCUUCUGGAACCGGUGAGGUAUACCACCCUUCUAGAACUGGUAAAUUAACCCUUCUAGAACGGGAGUAUACCCUCCUAGACCGUGAGUAUCCAUCCUUCUGAACGUGAGGUAUACCUCAAGAAGGUAUACCUCGUGGUCCUCUGUAGCUCAAUUGGUAGAGCAUGGCGCUUGUAACGCCAGGGUAGUGGGUUCCAUCCCUGGGACCACCCAUACGUAAACAUGUAUGCGCACAUGACUGUAAGUCGCUUUGGAUAAAAGCGUCUGCUAAAUGGCAUAUUAUAUUAUUAUAUUAUACCCUCCUUCUAGAACCAUUGAGAUAUACCCUCCUUCUAGAACCGGUGAGGUAUACCCUCCUUCUAGAACCGGUGAGGUAUACCCUCCUUCUAGAACCGGUGAGGUAUACCCUCCUUCUAGAACCAUUGAGGUAUACCCUCCUUCUAGAACCGGUGAGGUAUACCCUCCUUCUAAAACCGGUGAGGUAUACCAUCCUUCUAGAACAGGUGAGGUAUACCCUCCUUCUAGAACCGGUGAGGUAUACCCUCCUUCUAGAACCGGUGAGGUAUACCCUCCUAGAACCGGGGAGGUAUACCCUCCUAGAACCGGUGAGGUAUACCCUCCUUCUAGAAGCGGUGAGGUAUACCCUCCUUCUAGAACCGGUGAGGUAUACCCUCCUUCUAGAAGCGGUGAGGUAUACCCUCCUUCUAGAACCAUUGAGGUAUACCCUCCUUCUAGAACCGGUGAGGUAUACCCUCCUUCUAGAACCGGUGAGGUAUACCCUCCUUCUAGAAGCGGUGAGGUAUACCCUCCUUCUAGAACCGGUGAGGUAUACCCUCCUUCUAGAACCAUUGAGGUAUACCCUCCUUCUAGAACCGGUGAGGUAUACCCUCCUUCUAAAACCGGUGAGGUAUACCAUCCUUCUAGAACAGGUGAGGUAUACCCUCCUUCUAAAACCGGUGAGGUAUACCCUCCUUCUAGAACUGGUGAGGUAUACCCUCCUUCUAGAACCGGUGAGGUAUACCCUCCUUCUAGAACCGGGGAGGUAUACCCUCCUAGAACCAGUGAGGUAUACCCUCCUUCUAGAAGCGGUGAGGUAUACCCUCCUUCUAGAAGCAGUGAGGUAUACCCUUCUAGAACCGGUGAGGUAUACCCUCCUUCUAGAACUGGUGAGGUAUACCCUUCUAGAACCGGUGAGGUUUAACCUCCUUCUAGAACCGGUGAGGUAUACCCUUCUAGAACCGGUGAGGUAUACCCUUCUAGAACCGGUGAGGUAUACCCUUCUAGAACCGGUGAGUUAUACCGUUCUAGAACCGGUGAGGUAUACCCUCCUAGAACAGGUGAUGUAUACCAAUCUUCUAGAACCAGUAAGGUAUACUCUUCUAGAACCCGUGAGUUAUACCAUCCUUCUAGAACCGGUGAGGUAUACCCUUCUAGAACCGGUGAGGUAUACCCUCCUUCUAGAACCGGUGAGGUAUACCGUCCUAGAACCGGUGAGGUAUACCCUCCUUCUAGAAGCGGUGAGGUAUACCCUCCUUCUAGAAGCAGUGAGGUAUACCCUUCUAGAACCGGUGAGGUAUACCCUCCUUCUAGAACUGGUGAGGUAUACCCUUCUAGAACCGGUGAGGUAUACCCUCCUUCUAGAAGCAGUGAGGUAUACCCUUCUAGAACCGGUGAGGUAUACCCUCCUUCUAAAACCGGUGAGGUAUACCAUCCUUCUAGAACAGGUGAGGUAUACCCUCCUUCUAAAACCGUUGAGGUAUACCCUCCUUCUAGAACUGGUGAGGUAUACCCUCCUUCUAGAACCGGUGAGGUAUACCCUCCUUCUAGAACCGGGGAGGUAUACCCUCCUAGAACCGGUGAGGUAUACCCUCCUAGAACAGGUGAUGUAUACCAAUCUUCUACAACCAGUAAGGUAUACUCUUCUAGAACCCGUGAGUUAUACCAUCCUUCUAGAACCGGUGAGGUAUACCCUUCUAGAACCGGUGAGGUAUACCAUCCUAGAACCGGUGAGGUAUACCAUCCUUCUAGAACUGGUGAGGUAUACCCUUCUAGAACCGGUGAGGUUUAACCUCCUUCUAGAACCGGUGAGGUAUACCGUCCUAGAACCGGUGAGGUAUACCCUCCUUCUAGAAGCGGUGAGGUAUACCCUCCUUCUAGAAGCAGUGAGGUAUACCCUUCUAGAACCGGUGAGGUAUACCCUCCUUCUAGAACUGGUGAGGUAUACCCUUCUAGAACCGGUGAGGUUUAACCUCCUUCUAGAACCGGUGAGGUAUACCCUUCUAGAACCGGUGAGGUAUACCCUUCUAGAACCGGUGAGGUAUACCCUUCUAGAACCGGUGAGUUAUACCGUUCUAGAUCCGGUGAGGUAUACCCUUCUAGAACCGGUGAGGUAUACCCUCCUGGAACCAGUGAGUUAUACCCUUCUAGAACCGGUGAGGUAUACCCUCCUUCUAGAACCGUUGAGGUAUACCCUCCUUCUAGAACUGGUGAGGUAUACCCUCCUUCUAAAACCGUUGAGGUAUACCCUCCUUCUAGAACUGGUGAGAGUGUGGCGUGCUGUGUAUUCCUGUUUUCCC